UUUAUACGAUCAUGAUAAUGUUAAUGGUGUAUCAGUUUUUCAUUUCAUUUCAUCGCAUCUUUUUCACCUUGCAUUUCUCCUUGAUUCUUGUCUGUAAUGCUUAGAUAGCUACAUUCCUCAUUUGUUUUUGAGGAUGUUAGAUCUUGCCCUUUCUUUCUUGUUUUUAAUUUUGUUACUUAAAAUUUCAUGAUUUCUACACAUUUGAAGAUUGCAAUCGAUGGUGUUUGUUUGCUUCUUAGGAACCAAAUAUAGUCAUAUUAAUAUAAUUUUAAACCUGGAUGAGGAGGGAAAAGAUGUUGAAUCUGAGGGAAUUCCAAGAGCCAUUUCUUGCAUAUAUAAUAUUCUUGUGAAGCUAUUUGCUUGGAAUCUGGUGAUAGUACAAUAAGCUUGCGGGGUAUGUGUAGUAUACGAAAUGGAGAUAACUACCAAUUUCAGUCCCAAAAUCAAGACUUUGGCAAUUUAGUUUAAGAUAGAUGUCAACGCCCUUAUAAAUUAGUCUCCAAAUGAUUAGUAUACUUACAAAUUAGCUUCUAUAGAAAGAUCAAUAUGAUCAGGAGAUAGUUCUUAAAGUGUCAUGUCAAUACUAACAAAGCUCAAUAGGAAUAACAUAAUUGAUCAGUUGAGUACCACAGACUAAGCAUCAUGCUGUCAUAACAGUUAAAGAUUGCCCUUUACUGCAAAGGAGCAUUGGAGUUGGUCUAUUGCGGAAUUGCAGCUAUUGAGAAUAAACUAGAGGAUGUCAAGCAGCAGGAACACUCAUUGGUGUUACAGUUGCAGGAGGCCAAUUCGACUGGGAUGGCGAGAUGCGGUUUGCCCUAGCUGUAAUGAGGGAUUUAUUCAGGAACUUAAUGAUAUGGUGCAUGUUAACCCUCUGGAAUUCUUUGGACUAGAUAACAAUGAAGAGCAUGACCAAAGAUUUGGACUUAUGGAAACUUUCUCUUCCUUUAUGCGGCAGCAAAUGGCAGACAGAAGUCAUAGCCAUGAUAUCAGGGCACAAUCGGAAUCUAUUUCGGAACAAGGGGCAGGUUUUGCUCCUUUGUUGAUAUUUGGUGGUCAAAUUCCUUUUAGAUUAUCUGGACAUGGUGGUUUUGAGGCUCUCUUUAAUGGGACUCCAGGUAUUGGUCUUACACGAGGCAACACAGGUGAUUAUUUUAUUGGUCCUGGACUUGAAGAACUGUUUGAACAGCUCUCAGCUAAUACUCGCCAAGGGCCUCCGCCUGCAUCCAGAUCCUCUAUAGAUGCAAUGCCUACUAUCAAAGUUACACAGAGGCAUCUUCGUUCGGAUUCACAUUGUCCGGUGUGCAAAGAUAAAUUUGAGGUAGGGACUGAAGCAAGACAAAUGCCAUGUAACCAUAUGUACCACUCAGAUUGUAUUGUUCCAUGGUUGGUCCAGCAUAACUCCUGCCCUGUUUGCCGUCAAGAAUUGCCACCACAAGGAUUGAGUGGUAACCAAGGCUUGAAUGGCCGAAGUAGAGGUAACUUUAGUGGCAGCAGUAGUGGUAGGAGUGGUAGGGAGAACCAGGGAAGGCGAAAUCCGUUUUCAUUUUUGUGGCGUUUCCGCAGUUCUAAUUCUAGCAGCAAUGAUAGAGCAACCCGAAGCAGCUCACCAACACCAUCAUUCCCCGAUAGUAGUCAUCACACGGAGUAUUCUGGGUGGCCAUUUGAAUGACUUUAAUGCGUGUAAAAUUUUUAUUUCAUUUCUUUUAUUUUUCUAUUGAAAAUGUAUGGACUGGUUCUGAUUGCUUGGAGUGGAGUGACAUGAAAUGAAGUGUGAACUUGUAACUUUAUUGUAAAAUGGCCAAGAAGAAAACUCCAUUUUCGUUUCAAAAUCAUACUAAUAUAAUGUUCUAUGGGAGUAAGGUGUUUUUUUUUU